GAUUCUCUUCCCAACCCACGAACACUUGCAUAAACAACCCAGUGAGAGGGCAGACAACUACCAAGGGACACAAAAUUCACCCCAUAACCUUCGGUUUAUGCUGUAAAGAUGAGCAGGAUUGCUGGCGUUCUGCGGCGUACGUUUGGAGUAGUACGCGAUCACGUCGGGACAGAUCAUUUGGGAAAUAAAUAUUACUUUAUCCCAGAACAGAAGACAUGGACCGGAAGGCCCGUCCGUGCCAAGCGGAUAGUAGUGGCAGCCAAUCCUACAGAAUAUGAAUAUAUAGAAGGCAGUAUACCGAUGGAGUGGGACGCCUGGAUCCGAGGCAGACGGAAGGAGCCCCCCUCCGUCGAGGAGCUGCUGAAGAAUAAGUCUUACAGGGAGCAGAUCAAACUGAAGGCUAAGGAGGUGGAGGAGAAAGAUCUGGCCCUACAGGCCAAGGAGUAUGAACAAGGACUGGUGGCGACUCCUGCAAAGACUUUGGCCAAGGGCCAUGCAGCCACCACCAGCUUCGGCAAGCAGGAGAUCAGCGAAGACCCCACCAGCACUGCAAACACGUUCCAGCCUGGCUCCUGGAUGCCCAAGAAAUAGACAGACAUCCACAUACACUGAGACCGUAGUACAACGUAAUACAAUCCAAUAGAAAAGCCCUACAAUAAAUACUACCUAUGUGAAUCUGAUAUUCACUUUAAGUUGAGACUUAGAAAUUCAAUGUUAGAAGCACUUUUCAGUUUAAUGCAAUCCAAGUCAAAACCACCAGAAACUAUGGUCAGAAAUCACCAGAGUUUAAUCAACUUGUCUCUGACUCACUCUCAAAUAAUUCAGCAUUAUACGUUUCACAGAGGAAGUAUUUAUUUCAAGGCUGUUUUAUUGGACUGUAUUACAUUAUGUGGGUUUCUAUUUUUCCAGUCUCUCAGUCUAUAUUGUAUAUACACAAGACAAUAACCUACCCUCAUCUUGAAGCUGACUAUAAGUGACCACAAUGAUUUAGUGUAACUUAAAGGUCUGUUAAUAAAGCAAAGAAAAUCUGAAAUGGCUGUACUUCCAGUCAAGAGUACACCAACUAUAAAUACACUGUAUCAUGUUUAAGGGAUAUUGUAAGAAAUAAGUUCUAAUAAAUUGUGACUGUUAAUUACAUCGA